AUGUCUGAAAAGGUCUUGAUAGCGCCUUAUGCGCUCCAGCGGUCGAACGGAGGAAAGAAAUCUUCGAUAUUCACCCGACUCUUUGCCGGAAUCUCUGUUUGCUUUUUGUUAUUCGCUUCGCAGGCCCUACGGCUUCACUGGGCCAAGGAGAAAACUGCACGUAUUCCCCUUCAUGCAGCAGAAACGUUGCAGAAAUGCAAACUUCUUGAUGUGCUACCGGGACCUCCGCCAGAUUUCCACUCGCGGACGGAAUCGGAUCGCUUCGUACCUGGCACGAAGGCUACGUUACUCAAGAACGCGACGAUCUGGACUGGACGCGUAAAUGGACUUGAAGUUGUCAGAGGAGACAUUUUACUGGACAAAGGUAUCAUCAAAGCAGUCGGAGUCGUUGAAUACGAUGCUUUGGCUGCGCAUACGGUGCAGGAUCUUGUCACUUACGACGUUGGUGGGGCAUGGAUUUCUCCAGGAAUUGUCGACCUUCAUUCCCACAUUGGAGUCGGUAGUUCACCCCACCUGGCAGGGGCAAGCGAUACAAACUCCCGCCACGGGAUCGUUCAACCUUGGCUUCGCAGUCUUGAUGGACUCAAUAGUCACGACGACUCAUAUCGUCUCUCCAUCUCUGGUGGUGUUACUACAGCUCUGGUUCUGCCGGGUUCUGCAAAUGGCAUUGGUGGACAAGGGUUCGUUAUCAAGCUGCGUCCCACAGCUGAGCGGUCGCCAUCGUCUUUGCUGUUGGAACCACCUUUCUCUAUCAACGGCACUGAAGUAGACCCAUCGAUACCACCUCGGUGGCGGCAAAUGAAGCAUGCCUGCGGAGAGAACCCCAGUCGGGUCUAUUCUGGCACACGCAUGGACACUAUAUGGGCUCUUCGGGACGGAUAUGAAAAGGCUCGUCAGAUUAAGGAAGAACAAGAUGACUAUUGUGUGAAAGCACUUACCGGUAAUUGGCAAGGCUUAGGUGCAUUCCCGGAGGAACUACAGUGGGAGGCCCUCGUCGAUGUGUUGAGAGGCAGGGUUAAGGUUCAAAACCAUUGCUAUGAAGCCGUAGAUUUGGAUGGAAUUGUCCGCCUCACCAAUGAAUUCAAGUUCUCCCUUGCUGCUUUCCAUCAUGCACAUGAAACGUACCUGGUUCCCGACUUACUAAAGAAAGCUUAUGGCAAGCCGCCCGCGAUUGCUCUUUUUGCCACCAAUGCUAGAUAUAAACGCGAGGCGUAUCGUGGAUCAGAGUUUGCGCCACGUAUUUUAGCAGAUAAUGGGCUCAAUGUUGUCAUGAAGAGUGACCACCCAAUCUUGAGUUCACGAUACCUUCUUCACGAAGCUCAACAAGCGCAUUACUAUGGAUUGGGAGAUAAUCUAGCUCUAUCGUCUGUGACAACAACGCCAGCAACUGUGAUGGGACAUGACCACAGGAUAGGUUUUGUCAAAGAAGGAUACGAUGCAGAUAUCGUCGUCUGGGAUAGUCACCCUCUUGCUAUUGGUGCGACCCCGAAACAAGUCUAUAUUGAUGGAAUCGCGCAACUCGAAAAACCGUAUUCCAAUCCCAAACCAACCGUACUACAAAGUCCACCGAAGACGCCUAACUUCGAUAAAGAGGCUGCAGAAACGCUCAAGCAUGACGGUCUACCACCAUUGAAGACGAAGCAGACUACGUCUAAAACUGUUGUUUUCGUUAAUGUUUCCGACAUCUACAUACGAGAUCAUCAAACUGUGAAGCACGGGUUCUCUGCUCAAAAUUCAAAAGAAGCGGGUGUUUUAGUGGUCGAGGCUGGAAAAAUCGUCUGCUCAGGUGUCAAGGCGACUUGUCUGGCGGGAAACGCCUAUCAUGACGCUGUCGUGGUAGACCUUGUGGGAGGUUCUGUGGCCCCAGGAUUUGUAUCUUUUGGCAGUGCACUGGGUCUGAGCCAUAUCUCCGGUGAAGCAAGCACCAAUGACGGCCCAGUAAUAGGGCCGCUGUUAGCUAAGGUUCCAAGCAUUCUAGGUGGAGACGAUGCAAUCAUUCGAGCCUCGGAUGGGCUUCAAUUCGCCUCAAGAGAUAGUUUGCUCGCUUACCGGAGCGGCGUAACUACGGCCAUCGUAGCACCCGUAGCUCCCGGCUUGAUAUCCGGGCUGACAGUGGCAUUCUCUACGGGUUCUGCCCACAAGUUACAGAAGGGGGCUGUGGUUCAGGACGCGACUGCUUUGCAUGUCAUCCUUUCCCUCAAUUCUCCGAUUAGCGUCAGUACUCAGAUCGCUACACUGCGCCGUCUAUUAUUAGGGGGCGGAAGUGGUGAUCUCGGGACUCAGUUCGAGCGUGUCGUAGCUGGCAAAAUCCCACUCGUUGUUGAUGUCGAAAAUGCUGACAUUAUGACCUCGUUGAUACAACUCAAGUCCGACGUCGAAAGGACUACCAGUAUUCCAUUACGGAUGACGUUCGCAGGUGCCACGGAAGCUCACCUGCUUGCAGCCGAAAUUGGAAAUGCUGGCAUUGGUGUCAUUUUGGUACCCUCGCGGCCGUUCCCAGCAAGCUGGGAACUUCGGAGAAUUCUUCCUGGACCUCCUUUAACCGAGAAUAAUGUCAUUGGUGUUUUAAAAGCACAUAAUGUAACUGUUGGUAUCGGAAGCAGUGGUACUUGGUCGGUGAGGAACGCGCGGUUUGACGUUGCUUGGGCGGCUCUGGAGACGCCUGCGGCGUUGUCGAAGUCUGAAGUGUUGGCCUUGGGAUCAGCUAACAUCGAAACCCUCCUCGGUGUCGAGGACGAUGCUAGUGAUUUGGUGGCUACGAGGUCGGGUUCUUUGCUUGACUUUGAAGCCAAAGUGGUCGGGAUUAUUUCUUCGCGGCGAGGAUUGGUUGAUAUUCUCUGA